GCCUUUUUAAGAGCCGGCUGUGAUGUCGGUAUGCCGAGUGCGCAGCCUCACACGGUGUUUUCUGUGGAAUGAUCUAUGAAGAUGGACGCAGAGAGCACACUAGUCAGCUGACAAGCAGCAUCAUUGACUGCACCGCGCUGUGUACAAAGAAUUAAGGUUUCAGACGAGGUCGGGCAGGGGUGUUAUGCCACUCAGGGAAAAACGGCUGAAGGGACGAUUGCAUCUCCAUGGCGGCGGGAAUCCACCCCAAACCUCUGACCCGCAAACCCGUUCUCCUCAACAAGAUCGAGGCGUCGCAAGACGUCGUGAACACCGCCGUGAUCAUCCCCAAGGAGGACGGGGUCAUCAGCGUCUCGGAGGACAGGACCAUCCGAGUAUGGCUGAAGAGGGACAGUGGCCAGUACUGGCCUAGUAUCUUUCACUCUAUGCCAUCUCCCUGUUCCUGCAUGUCUUUUAACCCUGAGACGAGGCGCCUGUCUGUUGGAAUGGACAACGGCUUGGUUUCUGAAUUUCUUCUUUCUGAAGAUUAUAACAAGAUGACCCCUGCUCGGAGCUACCAGGCUCACCAGGGCAGAGUGACGGUGGUGCUGUUUGUGCUGGAGAUGGAGUGGGUGCUGAGCACUGGGCAGGACAAGAACUUCACCUGGCACUGCUCGGAGAGCGGGCAGAGGCUGGGCGGGUACCGCACCCCUGCCUGGGUGUCCGGCCUUCAGUUUGAUGUGGAGACGAGACAUGCCUUCGUAGGCGAUCACUCGGGCCAGGUGACCAUCCUGAAACUGGAGCAGGACAGCUGCAGCCUUGUCACCACAUUUAAAGGGCACACAGGCAGCGUGACAGCUGUGUGUUGGGACCCAGUUCAGCGUGUCCUCUUCUCGGGGAGCUCGGACCAUUCAAUCAUUAUGUGGGAUAUAGGAGGCAGAAAAGGAACAGCCAUUGAACUGCAGGGUCACAAUGAAAAAGUCCAAGGCCUUUGCUAUGCACACCACACACGCCAGCUGAUCUCAUGCAGUUCUGAUGGAGGGAUCGUUAUCUGGAACAUGGAUGUUAAAAGGCAGGAGACUCCAGAGUGGCUGGACAGUGACUCCUGUCAGAAGUGUGAACAGCCUUUCUUCUGGAACUUCAAGCAGAUGUGGGACAGCAAGAAAAUUGGACUGAGGCAGCACCACUGCCGGAAGUGUGGCCAGGCUGUGUGUGGGAAGUGCAGCUCGAAGCGGUCCACCAUCCCGCUGAUGGGCUUCGAGUUUGACGUGAGGGUGUGCGACAGCUGCUACGAGUCCAUCACCGAUGAGGACCGAGCGCCAACCGCCACAUUCCACGACAGUAAGCACAACAUCGUCCACAUGCACUUCGAGGCCACGAGAGGGUGGCUCCUGACAUCCGGGGCUGACAAGAUUGUAAAGCUGUGGGACAUGACUCCUGUCGUCUCCUGAUUCCGGAGAGAGGGAAGAGCCAGCACUCAGCUCAGCCCGACAGCCUCUGUAACCCAGGCGGUGGUCACAGGGACAAAGUGUCAUAUUGAACAAGAAAACAUACCAACAAGCAAAAAGCAAGUAAUCGCACACCCUUGAAAACAUCAGGCCUUGUGAAAGAUGUUGUUUCAAGAGGGGUGCAGAGUUGUUGUUUUUAUUAUUGUCCUCGCAUUUUAUGAGGGAUGAUGCCAUGUGGAGUCCUGGUUUCUUAAUAAUGUGGUGUAAUAUAUUGCUGCCUUUUAUUUUUAUGUUAAUUUAUAAACUUCUAAAGAUCUCUAAAGAAAGAUAGUAUCCAUAUUGGAAGCACAGGAGAAGUUUAACGAAUGGCUACUAUCUUUACAUGUCUUUUAAUAAACCAUCAUCUUCUCCUUCCUUUUCAAUGGAACUUCACAGCAGUGAAAUCUCUGGGAAGUUGGAGGGAACUUGCAGGGGAUCAUUCGUGGCUCUUGAAAGAGGGAGGACACAUUAAAGUGUUGCUCAGUUCCUUUACCAUGCUCUGUGAGAAAAUGAAGCUUUAAUCAGUGCAGAUGGGCUGCCCAACUGUUUUUGAUAUGUGAAGAAUACACUGACGUGAAGCUGUAAGAUACAAUAUAUUCACACUGUAUAUUUCAACAAAACGUUGAAACAGACUUUGGGAGAAUACUCAAGAUUACAUAAUCAAUGACUAUCCUUUGGCAUCUGGAAAACUGGUUAAUUGCUGUGAUGUAUCAGUAUAUGACGUACUGAUGCGUUGACGUUUUGCUUGUUCACAAGUGCUCUUUACUUGCAGUGGGUGUUCACAGCUGGUUAAAAGAAGAUAUUCCUAGGGAGACAUUAUAAUCCAGGAGACUUUUGUAUGUGCUUGACAGAAAUGGAUACCUGUUUGUAAAGUAACACAGCGAGCACAUUAUCAUGUAGCAUUAUUUCUCUUUGAUUUUUAGAUUUUGUGCAUUUUGUAGUCUAAACCAAGGGUUUCAAUCACAGUUUUUGGAAGGUAUAGAGUGUUCUGGUUACAUAGCUGCUCUUAUUGUUAACUGCAUCAUUGUAAUUCUUUAAUCAGGCUCUGACAUAUUCAGUAGGUAACUAAAGUGAUAGUUUUGAAUAAUCAGCUCUAAAAUGUCUUAAGAAAAGUUCUAGACAUGUUUAAUUGUUUAAUUGUUUAAUUGACUUAUCUGGUAGUACAAAUGUAGACAAGAUGGUUAGCCCUCCAGGAACUAAGUUUCUGACCAUUGGUCUAAAAGGUCCAUAAGGGUUUGAUUUUUUAAAAAGAAAUAUAUACAAAUUAAAGCACACAAUUGUACACUUUCAACUUUUGAGAAAAAUCCUUUGGUUUCAUUUGGAUUCUGUGGCGACGGAGCUCAAAUGAAUGACUUGGCGUACUGUUUCAAGACUUGGUCCUUUUAUACCGAAUCAGACUUGUGACCAGGAAACUACAGGAUCACUUAAUUAUGGCUCAUGCACACUAAGGUUUUAGUCAAUUGCAAUUAUUUACCUACUUCAAUAUUUGUCACUUUAAUUAGAGGUACCACAACUUAUUUUUCUAACGGCUAAUUAAGUUAAUUGCUUGAUAGCAUGGGGUUAUGUGCACUGUAAUUGGCUACAACCCCAUAUAAAGAGACUGAUAUGCAGGGGAUUUCCACAGCCGUCGUUCAAUUGGCAGACAAAGAGUUUUUUAAUAAGAUAUUGGGCUGUGAAAAAUAAUAAAUCUGAAACUGGUAUAUCGCUGAAUAUCGCUGCUGGUAGAAGAGAGAGGGUAUCGUACAAAGCUGUAAAAAGCAAAUGUGGUUGAAACAGGUUGUACUAAAAGAACCAAUUGCAGACAAACAGAUAUCAUGAAAGUUAAAUUGACAAAUGAUUCUGAAUCUGCAUUAACAGAUUUAAACUGCAGUUGUAAACUGUAGGCAAUAGUGAUUCUUCCAUCCAUCGCUAGAAAGUUGCUAAUUCCGGGUAAGGGUUGCAGCAAGCUGGAGCUUAUUCCCAAAACUGAGGGCUUAAUAGCAGGAUAUACACACACAUGCACACAUGCACAAUGGACACUGGGACAGGGGGACAAUUCGAGACACAAGGUUACCCACCCAGUGUGUCUUAGCAAGCUGCGCUGAGCGUGGAGGAAAAGUUAGGAAACUGAAGUACCGAACAAAAACCCACUUUACAAUCCCAUUUACACAAGUACAGCAAAUCUCAUACAUUAAAACCAAACGCUUGCUGUUUACCCGGUUCAAAAUGACUUUCUCAGAAGUAUUUGAUAUCACUUUAUUUUGGCCAUGGCCAGCAGGGAGGGUCUCAAGAUCCCAUCAAGAGUAAGCAGACAGGAGAGGUACCUGUCAGUUGUCUCAUGUAAUAAGCCAUGAGAGACUACAGCCCAGGCAAGGAGAGUCUGACUGAUCAGUAGCUGCUGUCCCCUCUCGGUGAGGAACAGGGUCUCUCUUUGCCUGUUGCUUUGUUGGGUAGCAGUUUUCAUUCUCAUCUGAACCCCGUUUUCCCUAACACACAAAAAGUGCACAAACAGUAAAACAAAAAAUAUAUAACAAAUCCUCAGCUUGCACUCAGCUGAAGAAUUGUAGUUUGACACUGUGUUGCUAUCUGCUAAUUACAGUCCUCUUUCUUUACCAGUCAGCUUCUGAGGGUUAAGAUCUUUCAGAGCAAAGCAAGACAGUCUUUGCUCCUGAUUGCUAGGCACUAGAGGGCGCCACUGCCACAGACACAGGGCAGUGGGUUCUGAAGUAACGAGCCUGCUACUGUACACAUUCUGUCUGUAAUUAUUCUGCAUUAUAGCAGAGCUCUUUAGUCCAGAACAGAGAAUGUUUUAAGAAGAUAUGUCUAAAUGAAAAGCAAGUUGCUGCUCAUAAUUAAUAAUUCCUUGAAUUCCUACAGUGCUUUUCAUCCCUAAGGAUCCCAAAGUGCUUUCAUACAGGAGAGGAGCCACAUCUUGUUUAAUUGCAAAACAACACUGCUGAAACAAUAUACAUUUAAUCAAGGAGAAACAUUAUAUUCUUAUGUACUCUUUAGGGCACUAAGCUAUGUAACAUUAGAGUUUCAGGAAUUGAUCCUUUAGCAACAAUCUUGCAUGUUCUUUUGUAGUGUUACAAAAUUGCAGCUACCUGCAUGCUGUUUAACAACCCCAAGCAUUUAACAUAACAUUGUGCAGAUCUACUGUAACUUUAGAGUCAGCUGGAGUGGAGUUCCCUUCAAAUUUCCCUUUCAGAAAAGCAACUGUUAAAGUUAACACUACAGUUAAUAGUAUAAUGGAGAAGCCAUUGUAAAGAGCCAGUGUGUGUCUUUUCUUUUCCUUUAAGCAUGGAAUAACCCUUUACCUGUUCCUUUGCAGCCUACGCAUGUUGACACAGCUCCCUACCUAAUGGAGAAGCAGUGUCUUGGGUCUGUUUCUUUCAUUCUUCAGCCACCCUUUGUGAAAGGGAGACUUGUAUAAUUGAGCAGGAGUGUAGAUCUAGGACAGAAAUAUUGGAUAUUUGUUUAAUGAUUUUGAAUUGAAUAAAUUAAAAUAUGUAGUUCCUGUAAAACAGGACUUAAAUCCAGGAUGUAUAAAUUUCUGUAUGUGAAAGAAUGAAUUGUAACCACCUUCCCAUGGAGGGUGAGAAGGUUUCCACAUGAAAGGAAUAAUAAACAUGUCUAUUUCACAAUGUAAACAGACUGAGGAAUAGAGUAUGACAAUGUCCAGCUCUAGACAACGAGGAGUUGGACUGUUCAGGUACCUCUGGAAACCUGCUGUGUUUAGGACAGCAGGUGUGGUUGGUUACUGACAAGAACUUGCUGUUCAGAGGGAAGGAGCUGAUAGUUAGACAAUACUGUAAGUUGUGAGGCUGCAUACUUGAAAACACUUCAGACACCUAAAAUGAGUAACAGUUACAAUACCUCUGCAAAUAUUUACUUAAUGCAAAAGUAUUUUCAGUUACAGUAAAUAUUUCAAAUGGAAAUGGGUUGCGUUCAGAGUUUGGAGUGGAUUUAUGUCAGAAUAUUAUAGAUUAUAGAGGAGCAAAGGGAAUGCCUGUGAAUUGUGUAACAUAAUGGUGUGAUAAGGUGCUGCCAUUGAGGAAAAAAAAAGAUUUACAAAGCAUUGAUAGCUUCUACUAGGUUCCCUGCACUUGCUUAUGUUCAAUCAUACCAUUAAGCAAAUGCAGAUCAUCAACAGGAGUGAACAUCAAACAGGGAAAAAAAACCUCCUGCCAUUUCUUGGGGGCAAGCAACUUGAGAGGCAGUUUUUUUUUAAGCAAAACUAUCUAUGUAAAUGGUGUGAUUUCUUACAGCAAUCUCGUGGGCAAAAUACCAAAACCCGGUUUCUCUGAAUCUGUUUUAAUAACACAAUGACUUACAGCCUCCCUGCUUCCUUUUGGAACUUUCGAAAGAGAAGAAUCAAUGGGAUUUUGUAAGUGCCACACAAGGGUGACUCACCAUGGUGUGUUACACAAAUACUUGGACUGGGCCUGGUUUUCUUCCAGCUCUGCUCUUAAUGGCCUAAUUGAGCUCAUCAGUAGCUUAACUGGACUGAUUUAACACUUUUCAAAGGCUGACAGCCGUUGAUCAUUUUAAAAAGAAAUCCAGAAAACUGGAAUUGUGUGUGUCUGGAUCAUAAAGGACUACAUCAACAUGAACACUUUCAGUUUAUUUUAGUAAUGGCAAUCCUUAAUUGAAAAAAUUAUCUUUGGCACCAGCACCCGGUUUAAUUAAAGAUUAAGAAUGAAUUCAGUAAUUAAUUUAUUGGAUGUUAAGGACUUGUAAAGGCAUGGAAAACAAGUGCCAGAAUUAACUUACCCCAGGAAGUAGGCAAUGUAACAAUGUUGCUCUCUAGAACUUUAAUCCUGCCAGUUGUGUCCAGAAUAUUCCAUACCAAAAACUUGAAGAUUGUAUUUUCGUAACUGUUACUUUUAUCGUGGACUGCACAAUUGCAGUGCCAAGCGUUUUUUUUUUCUGGCCAAACUAAACUGAGGUUGUUUCCUCAAACAAAGUCCCCCAUGCUCAGAGAGUGAGACUGAACAGCACACGCGUUUUUCCAACAGAGGCUUGGGGAUGAUGGAGUGUAGAGUUUUUAGAUGUUGUUUUAGAUGUUGCUGCUAAUGUGUGUGUAUUCGUUUUAAUUCUUGAGAUGGAAGACGUGACCGAACAUGAACAUUCCUUUUUGGCCUUUUGGUUUGUAAUAUUGAACGUGUUUUAAUUUUCCCCACUGAAUUGCCUGACCAUUCAUUCUGCAAAUAAGAUUUUAAUUUUGCUCCCCCAUCUUAAAAGCAGAUGGUAAAAUUCAUUGAUAAUAUGGAUUAUCAUUAAUCCUUAAUGUGGAUUUUUAAGACUUUAUUUAAGACUACACUACUGAUAAAAGAUCCAAAAUUUAUACCAUACAGUAUGCUUUGAAAAAUCAACUUUAAGGUUUCAAAAUAAAGACCUUGGUCUACCAAAAACUGGCCAUCAAGACUCAAAAUACUUAUAAAAAAUAAAAUCUAACGAGGAAUAUUGCUAAAUAUAAUGGAGGCAUUUCUCAGUGUAUUUGUUCUUAAAAGAUCAAAAUUUGCUGUUUUUUUGUGUUUUUAAAUUUUCUACAAGCCGCUCUGUGGCCAAGGCCACUUCUGUGUACAGACGGAGCAGUGACAGUGUGCUUUCUCAGGCAGAAAUUCCUCAGACGUCUAUGAAAAGCGCACGCCGUGGUUCUUGAACAGGCAAGCCAAGGCAAUUUCAGAGCCCAUGAAGACUUCAAUCUUAACUAAUGUGAAAGCAGUUCCUGUAGGUAAACAAAUACUGUAUGUCCAAUAGGAUCCUACUGAAAAACAGGCUUAUCACCUACUGUAGGUGCAAUGUUUGGGUAAAAUUAUAUACAUGUAGUAUAAUGUGAAUACAAACUUAGGGGGCCUGCAAAGUUUUGGAUUGUGAAAAUUGAAUACGUGUUUUUCCAUCUUGCCGAUGUGAAAAUGAGUUGUCCCAUUAAUGUAUGACAUCCAUGUCAUCCGCCAUCUUUUUUUGUAUUCUGCUAUUAAGUAUUAUAUUAGGUAUUAUGUAUUAUUAUUGAUAGUAAAAUACACAGGACAUUCCAGUUCCGCUGCUAAAAAUGUGUAAACAUGAUGAACUGCAUAAUAGAAUCAGUAUGUUUUAUCCCUGCCUGAAAUUCCUGUAACCAUACUGUCACAUUAAAAAAUAAACCGUAAGUUAUUUUUUGACACCU